UCUCUCAAUCGUUAUUUCUUCUUUAGCAUUUGGUUAUUGUUUUAUCCUGCAGCAAUGGCACAUGAGGUGACUCUGUUGGAUUUCUGGCCAAGUCCCUUUGGGAUGAGAGUUAGAAUUGCACUUGCUGAGAAAGGUAUAAAGUAUGAGUAUAAAGAUGAGGACUUGAGGAACAAGAGCCCUCUACUUCUUCAAAUGAACCCGAUUCACAAGAAGAUCCCUGUUCUCAUUCACAAUGGCAAACCAAUUUGUGAGUCUCUUAUUGCUGUGCAGUACGUUGAUGAGGUCUGGAACACCAAAUCCCCUCUUCUCCCAUCCGAUCCUUAUCACAGAGCCCAAGCUCGAUUCUGGGCCGACUUCGUUGACAAGAAGAUAUAUGACGUGGGAAGGAGAGUAUGGACUACCAAAGGAGAAGAACAAGAAGCUGCAAAGAAGGAGUUCGUGGAGUACCUGAAGUUGUUGGAGGAACAGUUGGGAGACAAGCCCUACUUUGGAGGGGACAAUCUUGGAUACGUGGAUGUAGCACUUGUUCCAUUCUUCAGUUGGUUUGAAGCCUAUGAGACAUUUGGUAACUUCAAGAUAGAGGCUGAGUGCCCCAAAUUCAUUGCUUGGGCCAAAAGAUGCAUGCAGAAAGAGAGUGUGUCCAAGUCUCUUCCUGAUCAGCACAAGGUCUAUGAGUUUGUGCUUCAGAUGAGAAAGAGGUUUGGAAUUGAGUAGAUUCAUAGGAGACAAAUGAUCGGCUUCACGUUCUGAAUAGUAGUUUUAUAAUAAUAUUGCACUUUGGUGGGUCAUGCCGCCUGUUCUGUUAGUGGGGUGUUUGUAGCCGUUGAAUUGGUACUUGGUCUCCGUUAUCCCCCUUUGUGUUGCCAGUCAUUUUUAUAUUGUAGUACCUUUCCCUGCAUGU